AUGUCGACUCUUGUCGACGAGCUGCUUCAGGACUUCGAGUCCGGUUCUGAAGCCGGCGAGAGCCCCGGUCAAGAUGACGGUUUGAUGGGCGACGAGGAGGGCGCGGCCUUGAUGGGCGGCGGCGGUGGGGAUGUCGACAUGGACGGCGACAUGGACAGCUCGGAUGACGAGAUGGGCGGCGUCGACCGGACGGAUCCCGAGGAGAUGAAGGCCAAAGUCGACAAGAUGCAGAUGGCUGGGAUUGGCGACAUUAGGACGGUCGCAACUCUCAUGAAGACUCUGGAACCCAUCCUCGAGGUUGAACCGGCCCUGACCCGUCUGGCUUGGACCCUGCAGAAAAUAUCACAUUAUCAGUCGCAACCACCUGAAUCACAAACAGGCGCAAUCGGCAACGUUGAGGAUCACCCAGAAUAUCAUCUCUUGACCCAGUCAAACAGUUUGUCAACCCAGAUCGACAGCGAGAUCGUCCUCGUCCACAAGUUCAUCAAGGACCAUUACUCAGUGCGGUUCCCUGAGCUCGAAACCUUGAUAACGAAUCCUUUGGAGUAUGCAAAGGUUGUUGCCGUGCUCGGAAAUGGACCUCUCGACGCAGACAACAUCAAGACCCUUCAGUUGUCGACGGACAACCCCUUGGGAGUAUCUCUCAAGUCUGUCUUGGAUGGGCCUUCGCUCAUGAUUGUCACGGUUGAAGCCACGACUUCAAAGGGCCAAGAUAUGUCCCCGGAAGCGCUCGAAAGGGUCGUGCGGGCGUGUAAGAUGGUGAUCAGCCUUGACAAGGCCAAGAAGACGCUUACAGACUACGUUCAGUCGCGCAUGAACUUAUUCGCGCCUAACCUUACAGCCAUGGUUGGCUCGCUCACGGCAGCACAGCUGCUCAACACCGCCGGAGGUCUCACCGGUCUGGCCAAGACUCCUGCUUGCAACAUCGCCGCCUGGGGGUCCAAAAAGGGAGCCGGAGCGGCUAGUUUUGCCACAAACGUUGGCGUCAGGCAACGUGGUUACCUCUACAACUCGCCCAUCCUUCGCCAAGUGCCUACAGAUCUCAAAAAACAAGGACUUCGGAUAGUGUCUGCCAAGUUGAUCCUGGCCGCCCGGAUUGAUUGCAGCCACGAAGCUCCUGAUGGAUCCAAGGGCGAGGAGUACCGAGAAAAUUGUCUCAGCCGGAUCGAGAAGCUACAGGAGAAGCCUUUGAACAAGGGCGCACGCGCCCUACCGGCACCUGACGACAAGCCCUCACGGAAGCGGGGUGGUCGUCGUGCACGAAUGGCCAAGGCCGCGACGGCCAUGACCGAUCUCCGCAAGGCCCAGAACCGGAUGGCGUUCGGCAAGGAGGAGAACGAGGUCGGCUACGGGACUGGAGAUUCAACGGCCGGCAUGGGUAUGAUUGGGCAGCAGAACGACGGCAGGGUACGUGCCAUGCAAGUGGACAACCGCACACGAGCCAAGCUGUCCGCCAAGAACAAGGGCUGGGGUGGCAUAGCGACUUCGACGGGCAGCGGAGGUGCCGCAUCUUCGCUCAAGGGGUUCGGGCAAACUGCCGGAAAUCUGGACCUGAGGGGGAAGGGCUUGCGGGUAUCUGGAGUUGGAACCACAUUGGGCUCGGGUGGUACCAUGUCGUCACUUGCCUUCACGCCCAUGCAGGGGCUGGAGCUUGUGGAUCCAAAGGUUCAGGCGGAGCUGGGAAGGAAAAGAAAGGCAGAGGAAGACCGCUGGUUCAAGGGCGGAACUUUUACCCAGGUUGGAGGUUCAGGGGGCGGAGACGAUGGCGUAUUCAAGAAACCAGCUUUGCCACCGGCAAAAAGGGUGGACACGGGAGCUACGAAGAAGUGA